AUGGCAUAUAUACUCUAUACAACCGUCUUCAUUUUCCUUGUUAUCUCCACUGUCGCCUUUGUAACCCGCGAUCGCUGGUCUCCAUACAUCCCCGAACAUUACCUCGAGCGUCUCCCCCGAUUUAUGUACACGCCCUAUCAUGCACUUCCCCAUUCCUUCGAAAACGACAUCGAAUCUGGUUUGACCUCUUCCAACUUCAAUCUCUCUCAAAAUCUCCUAGAUUCGGAUCCACGAAAUGGACUUUCAGAUAAUGGAAAAAGAGAAAUUCAGUCAAUCAUGAAGAAAAAGAAGGUUAACUUUGAUGAAGCGAGGAGACUGUGGAUGCAGGAAACUUUCAAGAGAGAAAAUAUUGGACCGGAUGGGAAGCCGAGGGAUCCAAAGUUUGUGAGCUUUUCAUGA